GAGAGUGCUCGGUAGAAAAUGGCGAGUCUGUGCAAGAGGCAGCAAUGUACGAUCGAGAGGCGAGGCUUUCGGCAGGAUCUUGAUUCGUGGCGGCAUAAACUCAUUCAUUGUGUAGGUUUUGAGAGCAUUCUAGAAGGGUUGUUUGGGUCGAGGUUGGUGGAGGACCUAACGUUAUUUAAAGGCAGUGAGCCCGAAGGCGGUACAGACUGGUCAUUUGACGAGAACUGCCUGUUCUGCUGCGUAAGACGAGACAAAGUCAAGGAGCACUUAGUUGGCCUGAACAACCAGGGGUUGGAGAGUGGGGCUGAACCCCUGCUGGUCAAAGACCAGACCAAGAUCAACAGACUUGAGAAACAAGCAGAGGAAUUUUUUAAUGCAGUCCUCUACAAAAAAGAUGUGCCCAGCUUCUCAGACCCGCACAUUCCAGGAGUGGCUCUGGACAUAAUGCAGAGGAUGAUCCGCCAGUUUGCUGCAGAAUAUACCUCAAAAAGUAGUUCCUCUACUCCGGACAGCCGCUCCACUCCCAGGCCUGGUCCCCACUCAGACCAAAGCCUGCCUCCUCCCCCCUCGCUGCCCACGGUGCCCCCAGCUGCCAGCCCUGGUGGUACUGCUACCCCCUCCGUACCCAGCCAGAACCCCGUCCUCUCCAAGCUGCUGAUGGCCGACCAGGACUUGCCUCUCGACCUCACUGUCAAGAAGCCUCUGCCACAGCCUGUAGAACAAGAUGGAGUCCUGGACCUGUCAGUCAAAAAGGGACGGUCCAAAAGCAGCACACCAUCGCUCCGCAGCCCACAUCUUUCCCAGACGUCCACUCUUAAAGGUGAAUGUCUGGAGCUGACGACAGAAAAGGCCCGGGACCUGCAGUCCACCUCCACACUGGAGCAGUUCAUGACCAAGCUCUGUCUGCACCACCAGAGGCAGAUUGUCGACGCUCUGGGCUUCCUACAGACAGAGGUUAAGGCUAUAUCCUCCUCCAGUACUUCGCUAGCUUCUGCCUCCAAACCCUCUUGGUCUGUGGAGCACGGAGCCCUCCAGGGUCCUAGCCCUGCACCUUGCCUGCAGACCCCAGAGAGGGGGAGGACUGGUCAGAAACUUCCCCUGGCUUCUACUCCAAAAGGAUCGACGGAGGGGCAAGAAAGGUUGGUAGCCCCAGAGCAGACUGCUGUGUUACGAAAUGUGUCUGGGGCCACUGGGCCGGCCUUGGAUCUCCGUAAACCUGGCCCAGGGGAGUCUAAGGCUUUGGCAACACUGUUCAGAAGCGCAGAUAACAGUGUGAGUAAACGUCUUAGUGACCAUGCUCCGCUAAAGAUCAAAAUCAUGAAGUCCAGCAGCCUGGCUGAUGGUAAAAAGCUAUCCUGUGUGCUCACCACCUCUCUUCCUGCUGGCGCCGGUACUUUGGAAGAAAUGCAGGGCAUUUCUGACUCCUCAACCAGAGCAGAUACUUACAGUGCUGGACAAGGCUCCUCUGUGAAAAGGCACGAUCAUGCUGAUCGCUCAACAAGACAAAGAGGCUCCAUUGAACAUACCAAAGACACGCUGGUCAAACAAAGUCCACCUGAAAAGACCCCCAACAACAUACCCCCAGUUUCCCCCGGGACAGCCAGGAAGACCAUAAAGGGGUCUUCCUAUCAUCGGCCUAGGGCCACUUCCUCAGUGUGUCGGUUUGUAACCGACCCUGAUCUUGGCCACUGCGACAUCGUCUACAUCGACAAACCAAUCACAGAGUGUUUCCGGGAACGGCAGCACCGUCUGCUCCCUCGACGCAACGCCAGGAAAAGCACCCGAGGUCACAUGUAUGUGGAAGAAAUGUGGGAGCUGAAGACUGUCCGUACAUUAGCCAAGACGUCUGCCCGCAAUGAUAGUGGCAACUGUCCCACUCCAAUGCCAGAGCCCAUCACUCUGGUCACACCUAAACAGGUGCCUGGCAAGCCUGAGGGACUACCUCUUGGGGAUAUGCCUUUUGUUGGAGGUUUUGUGGAGACUGUCAGUCAGAAAACUCCUUCCGAGCUUCCAGCUGAAAGUGAGGUGGCGGGGGAUGUGGAGGCUGCAGCAGCAUCAGCCAGUGAGAUGGCACUGAUCGUUGAGACUAGUCAGACAGACCAGAGUCAGUGCAAAGAGCAGACUGCUCCUUCACAGAGUCCCCCAGUGGAUAACGAGCAGAGUACAGGGACGAACUCAGAGCAGCCAAGGCAGAGCCUAGCACCAGAGGAUAAUCUAGCUCAGACUGUGGUCGAGACACCAGAUCAGGAUUUAAACAGUAUACACAAUUACAUAGUUUUAAGUGAAAACCCAGAGCAGGUGGUGAUGGGGAAAGAUGUAAACUUAUCACAGGAUAAGACAUCAGAAGAAGCUGAGCUUGUCCAGGAUAUGCUGCAGAGUGUGCCAGAGGGCCAGAAAGUUGUCUCUGAAACUCAACAGGAAUCUGCAUCACUGACCCCUUCCCUGGAGAGCAAUGAAGACAAGGAGGUAGUGAGUGUGAGUGCAGUUGACAAAGAGGUAGUGGGUGCAGGUGCAGUUGACAAAGAGGUAGUGGGUGCAGGUGCAGUUGACAAAGAGGUAGUGGGUGCAGGUGCAGUUGACAAAGAGGUAGUGGGUGCAGGUGCAGUUGACAAAGAGGUAGUGGGUGCAGGUGCAGUUGACAAAGAGGUAGUGGGUGCAGGUGCAGUUGACAAAGUGCAGGCCAUGCCUCUGGAACCUCAAAUUUCAAUUGACCAGAAACCGUCUGAGGGCUCUGGAGGAGAAGCAAAUGCUGGCAUGGAGGUUCCCGCGGAGAGUGAAAGGAUAGAGGUGCAGGAAACGGGCGAGGUUGAACCAGACUUGGCUCCUGGCGAUGGCGACAAUGUGCCUGAAGAGGAAAAGACACAUGUUGAUUUGUCCUCUAAAAAGGUCAGUAAGGCAGUUGAGAGAGAAUUGCCUCUCAGGCGUUCUGAAAAACAGGGUAUUCCAGCACGAGUGAUUCCUUCAAGGGUGAAGGAAGCUGCAGUGAUUGAUACAGAGAGUAUGAUUAUAUGUGGAUAUGUGAAUGGUAGACCUAUUGGACAUUCUGACAGAUGUUUGCGUGAACGGCCAGCCAGAACCACCCCAGAGUCUACUCCUACUAAGACUAAACGCCCCACUAAGGCGUCUCUGAAACAGACUGAGAACCCUUCUGAGAACGCGGCUGAGAUUCCACAAGUCUCACCUGAGACUCCUCUCACCCCGAUCCCUGCUGGGGAAAGCGUCAAAAGCCCUUCGUCGAAGCGCCUCACCAAGGCCUCCCUGAAACAAUCUGAGAAAUAUUCUGAGAACAUGCCAGAGGUUCCUCAAGUCUCACUCCCUUCAGCCGAAGUGAUCAAAAGCCCUGUGUCCAAACGGCCCAAAAGAACCCCUAAAGCUAAAAUCACUCAGAACCUGCCUGACACACAGACCCCUGCUGAAGCAAGCCAGAACAUGUCUGACUCAAGGACCCCUAUUGCCCCUAUAACAGCAAGCCAGAGCAUUCCUGACACUCCUCAAGUCCCAGACACACCAGUCAACUCCUCCAGGAGACCUGAGUCCAGACAACCCCUCAGAUCUGCCAGACUGCAACAGGCAGCAGCUGUUGCCUCCCCUCUCGUCCCUGACGCCUCCCCUCUCGUCCCUGACGCCUCCCCUCUCGUCCCUGACGCCUCCCCUCUCGUCCCUGACGCCUCCCCUCUCGUCCCUGACGCCUCCCCUCUCGUCCCUGACGCCUCCCCUCUCGUCCCUGACGCCUCCCCUCUCGUCCAUGACGCCUCCCCUCUCGUCCCUGACGCCUCCCCUUUCGACCCUGACGCCUCCCCUCUCGUCCCUGACGCCUCCCCUCUCGUCCCUGACGCCUCCCCUCUCGUCCCUGACGCCUCCCCUCUCGUCCCUGACGCCUCCCCUCUCGUCCCUGACGCCUCCCCUCUCGUCCCUGACGCCUCCCCUCUCGUCCCUGACGCCUCCCCUCUCGUCCCUGACGCCUCCCCUCUCGUCCCUGACGCCUCCCCUCUCGUCCCUGUCGCCUCCCCUCUCGUCCCUGACGCCGUCCCUGACGCCUCCCCUCUCGUCCCUGACGCCUCCCCUCUCGUCCCUGACGCCUCCCGUCUCGUCCCUGACGCCCCCCUUUUCGUCCCUGACGCCUCCCCUUCUGUUGAAGGGGCUGUUACUUUCAUUGUUGCCCCAGAACCGUCUACCUCCCUCACACUCCCCUCCACUGAGCUCAACCCUCCCCUCCCCAUUGCCUAUCCUCUUCUUCCUAUUGUCUCCCAUCUCUUCCCUUCAUCUCAUCAAAACAGUGCAGUCACCCAGAGCUCUGCAGAGCUGAAAGUUCAAAAAGCUCAGCCAGCUCCAAAUGCCAAACCCAGCGAGACAGAGAAAACAGCAGAGGAAACUAGAGUGCAAACUAGACCGAAGCUCAGGUCGUCAAUGAUGGUAGCAAAGGAAGUUGAAAUUGUUGAGAGUCAGCAAGUUAGCAGUGAGGAUUCUGCUCUCACAGAGGGUACAAGCAUUAAAAAGAGUGAGGCCCACACACAAAGUAGUCCACUAAGAAGCAAAAGAACUCUCAAAAAGGAUGGAGAAUCAAGAAAAUUGACUUUGCUGAAAAACUCAGAGGAACCUACUUUGCUGAAGAAGGCAGAGGCACCAACUUUAAUGGAUGACAAAACUUCAUCUGAAUGUUCCAGUAGGUCUUCCGUCAGCAGUGCUUCAGACAAACCUGGGCGAAUGCCAUUGAGGAGUGAGAGUAGUAAAACGGACGUGGCCAGCCAGUCCAUUACCCUGGCAACCCCACCGACCCCAGUGGAGAACAGAAAGUCAGCUUUGAGAGUCCAGAGGUCGCCCACACCCUCGACCAGUGCUCCAACCACAGCUGAGAAAUGGAGUGAAGUGGCAUCUCCCAUUAGGCUGAAAUCCCCAGUGAGACUCCCAUCACCAAUCAGGUUCAAACCAGAGAGGAUCAUCAAGUCUCCAUUGAGGGAAUCACCUUUGCUGGACAGUUCCCCUCUGCCUUCCAGCUCAGUCACUCCUCUCCUGCUGCCCAAGCUGGAGCUUCCUGUACAGACUCGACACAAGUUCCUGGAGUUACUGGAUGUAGUGGAAAACCAACAGAAAAUCUCCUCUCUGAACACCAGGUUCGAUAAGAUGCAAAGAGGCUGGGUCCAGAUGGACAAAGAGGGACAUCCAACGCCAAGACACAAAAAUAAGGCAGACAGACAGGCAGCGAUAUGGAAGAGUAAGCGCAGGGUUCGCAAGCCCAAGUCUUCGGAUCAUCAGAGGUACUCGCUAGUUCAAAUGCUUUUCAAGAACGAUUUGGACCUAGCCAGCAUUUGCCACUGGUACAUGGAGUCAACAGAAACCCAAUCGCUGGUCAUCGUAAAGAAGGUGAACACACGUCUUCCCUCUGAGACCCAGCUGCUCUUCCCCGGUAUGUCCCAAAGGCCAUCUCAAGGGGUUUUCCCUAGCCUUCAAGCCGAGCGCUUGAAGAAACACUUGAAGAAGUUUGCCAUGGCUUCCCCUGUGAAGAGCAACCCUAAGAGUCAGAAGCUGAUUGCUAAAGCCCUGGAGCAGGAGGUCAGUACAAGUAUGCCCAAAGGGAAGGAAAAGAGAGAGCUGACUACAGCCACCCGGAUCUCCACCAAAGCCUAUGUUUCCUCUACAGAGGCACAGGUACAACCAGCCGACGGCCAGAAGGCCUCAGCGAAGGCCAAGAACCCAGCCAGCGCCCGGAUCCUGAGGAAGUACUCCAAUAUAAGGGAGAAGAUGCAAGGUCAACAGAGCUCCAAGAAUCCGAAAGGGGCCCCAAGAAAAGAGCUUGAAGUUUCCAAAGUCAAACCCUCAAAGAAAAAAUUGGCAAAACCGUCAAAAUUGAAACCGGCCAUUGCCCAGAGGCAGAAAUUAUCCGUUUCUGGUGAUAAAAGUGUAAAGGAGACAAGUGUAGUAAAAACAGAGCGAGCACAGCCAUCUCCUAGUAGAAAGCCUCCAGUAAAAGCUGCUGUCCUGGAGAGAUCAGUCAAGAUCAGCAGAAGCAGUAGAACCUUAAGAGAUCUCAGUAGGAAAGAGAGUGCAUCACCACAGAGGUCUCCCCAAAGAGUAAUGACUCCAAAAGCACAGAAAAACACCCCUGCUCCUGCCACCGUCCCCAAGACGGACUUUAACAAGCAGCAGGUUGGAGCAGAGAAGGCAGUGGUGGAUAAGACUAUGGCAACAAAAGGUCAAACAAAGAGACCCUCUCAAAGUAGAGUCUUUGAGACUAAAGUCACUGAAAGUAAAGGUACUGAGCGCAAUGGCGCUGAAAGUGCUGCAGAGACUCCUCAACAGAACAUGGAUGUCAAAACACCAGGUUCUCCUGACCAGGUUCUCACUAGGUCACAGAGGAAGAUGGAGGCCACUCCACCCCCCUCCAUCCCUCAGAGUGCAAGCCCUAAGCCUGCCACUAAGAAAGCAAAUGAACCUGCUCAGAGUGGAACUCCUAAGGGUGCCACAAAGAGAGCUCUGGAGCCUACACAUACUGUUAGUACAAGCCCUAAGCCUGCCAUAAAGAGAGCCAGUGAACCUGCUCAGAGCGGAACUCCUAAAGGUGCCACAAAGAGAAGCCAGGAGAGCCCACAGACUCCAGCCAAGCGCACCAGGACAUCCCUACAGAAAUAAAGCUUGUGUGCAGACAUGGACUGUAACAGCCAAUCUGACCACAUUUAGUUGUUUUGUUUUUUCUGGAAUAUAAUAGAAAGGACUGGUAUUAUCUAUUUUUGUGUGUACUUCCCAAGCGGUGUUGGUAAAUGAUCGUUUGGAAGGAGAUCGACAUGCUGAAGAAAGAGGAAAAAUAGUGCUUUUGUCUUGUUUAGUGUUGUCUAACUGGCCUGGAGAUGUAUCUUAUUAUAAGGGUAUAUCUGCAUUGUAAACAUGUAAGCCAUUUUAUUUAGGGGUUUGAUGCAGAGCUGAUUAGUUAUUCAGACUACAGCAUGCCAGGUCCUCCUCCUUUGUUUGUCCAAGUUUUUUUAUAUCCCAUAGUGUCUAUUCCACGGUUUGAAAAAUAGGGAGGUUUACUGGCAUGAAAACAUCAGCACCAUGUUGCUACGAAAUAAAUGAUGAUGUUCUCUGACUGUAGCACAGCUCAGGUUUCACUGAACAUUCUCUUGGAACUAUAGCCUAUAUUCAUCAAUGUCUCCCGCCCAUCUCGCAAUCAAGGAGUUUGUGAUCAGGUGCCUUAUUUAUCAGAUGUAGAGUAAUGCGUUGACAACAGGUGAAGACUCAGUGCUCUGGCCAUUGCACAGACACAUGUACUGUAGGAAGAGUGAGAAAGGGAGCUUUCUAGAUAUGGAUUUGGUGCAGGUCAGCGCACGUUGUCAUGUUGGGGUCCUUCACAGGUUAAACUCUUCUCCGGUUAUCUUGUAGAUCUGGUCAUUUGUUCAAGACCUGCACCAUAUUUGUGGAUUUGUGCGUCUUAAUGCACAACUUCCCUCCAUGUGUUCAGCCCUCCAUGUUCCCGAGUCUCCUCCGUCUUCCUGCUAUAAAAACCACCAUCAUGGGUUCUCUUUUAAUGUCUUUUUGUUUUUAGAUCCUGGGGAUAUUUCUUUUCAGAGAUGUAGCCUUAUAACUGAUGUUAUGGUAGCUUUGUUUAACUUACAAAUACUGUCCGAGUUAACAGAGGGUUUUUUUUCCGUUGCAAUGCGUGUGAGAUAUUUACACCUGCCUUGUUAUGUUGUAACUCUGAUCCAGUCCUUCUUGUCUUAUUUGAUUCCCGUUAAAGUUGAAUGGUCUGGUGUGGUCAUUACCUGCUUAUUGCUGUAGCUGCCUGUAGCAUUUACAUUUAGCAAAAUUCUUGUUGAGCCUUUUCACCUUGUUUUUUUUUCUUCUGAACUAGCAUUUGUUUCUGAAACUUCUUUAACUAAGACUAUGCAUGCACGUUACCAUGGCAUUCUGUGUGCUGAACUGUAUGAGCAUUAACAACUGAAGAUAUGGACCCUUGGAAGACGUGUCAUUGGUCAGCUAUUUUGGAAGGGGGUUUGCUGUUUGAGAGCAGAUACCAGGGAUGACGCUACAUGGAGCCACACGUUGUAUCUAAUGUUGGCUGUAUAUGUUUUUCCUGUACUUUAUGGUAGUUUGCCUUUUAUUUGUACAAUAUUGCCGUAUACUGACUCCUGUUGGCCAUAUGAGAACUGUUUAAGAAAAUGCUUCACCUUUUCAUAUCUUUGUAUGAUCAGUAAGUAUUAUACUGAACAAGAAUAUAAACGCAACAUGCAACCAUUUCACAGAUUUGACUGAGUUUACAGUUCAUAUAAGGACAUUUAAAUAAAUACAUUGAAACAAAUUUGUGCACAAAAUUAGAGAAAUAUGCUUUUAGUGCAUAUGGAAACAUUCUGGGAUCUUUUAUUUCAGUUCAUGAAACAUGGGACCAACUCUUUACAUAUUGCGUUCAUAUUUUUUUCAGUAUAUACUACCGGUCAAAAGCUUUAGAACACCUACUCAUUCAAGGGUUUUUCUUUAUUUGUACUAUUUUCUACAUUGUAAAAUAAUAGUGAAGACAUCAAAACUAUGAAAUAACACACAUGGAAUCAUGUAGUAACCAAAAGUGUUAAACAAAUCAAAAUAUAUUUUAUAUUUGAGAUUCUUCAUAUAGCUACCAUUUGCACACUCUUGGCAUUCUCUCAACCAGCAUCACCUGGAAUGUUUUUCCAACAGUCUUGAAGGAGUUCCCACAUAUGCUGAGCACUUGUUGGCUGCUUUUCUUUCACUCUGCGGUCCAACUAAUCCCAAACCAUCUCAAUUGGGGUGAGGUCAGGUGAUUCUGGAGGCCAGGUCAUCUGAUGCAGCGCACCAUCACUCUCCUUCUUGGUAAAAUAGGCCUUACACAGCCUGUAGGUGUGUUGGGUCAUUGUCCUGUUGAAAAACAAAUGAUAGUCCCACUAAGCCCAAACCAGAUGGGAUGGCGUAUUGCUGCAGAAUGCUGUGGUAGCCAUGCUGGUUAAGUGUGCCUUGAGUUCUAAAUAAAUCACAGACCUUGUCACCUGCAAAGCACCAUCUCACCACCUCCUCCAUGAUUCAUGGUGGGAAAUACACAUUCUGAGAUCAUCUGUUCACUCACAAAGAUACAGCUGUUGGAACCAAACAUCUCCAAAGGACAGAUUUCCACCGGUCUAAUGUCCAUUGCUCGUGUUUCUUGGCCCAAGCAAGUCUUCUUCUUAUUGGUGUCCUUUAGUAGUAGUUUCAUUGCAGCAAUUUGACCAUGAAGGCCUGAUACACACAGUCUCCUCUGAACAGUUGGUGUUGAGAUGUGUCUGUUACUUGAGCUCUGUGAAACAUUUAUUUGGGCUGCAAUUUCUGACGCUGGUAACUCUGGGUCUUCCAUUCCUGUGGCGCUCCUCAUGAGAGCCAGUUUCAUCAUAGAGCUUGAUUGUUUUUGCGACUGCAUUUGAAGAAACUUUCAAAGUCCUUGCAAUUUUCCGUUUUGACUGACCUUCAUAUCUUAAAGUAAUGAUGGACUGUCAUUUCUCUUUUCUUAUUUGAGCUGUUCUUGCCAUAAUAUGGACUCUUUUGCCAUAAUAUGGACUCUUUUACCAAAUAGGGCUAUCUUCUGUAUACCCACCCUACCUUUUCACAACACUACUCACACGCAUUAAGAAGGAAAGAAAAUCCACAAAUGAACCUUUAAGAAGACACACCUGUUAAUUUAGGUGCAUUCCAGGUGACUACCUCAUGAAGCUGGUUGAGAGAAUGCCUAAAUUGUUCGAAGCUAUCAUCAAGGCAAAUGUUGGCUAUUUGAAGAAUCUCCAAUAUAAAAUAUAUUUUGAUUUGUUUAACACUUUUUUGGUUACUGCAUGAUUCCAUAUGUGUUAUUUCAUAUGAUGUCUUCACUAUUAUUCUACAAUGUAGAAAAUAGUAAAAAGAAAGAAAAACCCUUGAAAUGAGUAGGUGUUCUAAACCGUUUGACUGAUAGUGUUUAUCCCACUGUUAUAGAAAUGGCUUGUCUGCCAUGUAUUAUUUGUAGUUGUCAAAUUGUGUUGAUAUUUUGCUUCAGGAAGAUGUUCUCUUGGUGCGACGCUUCUGUACUUCAGCAAUAGUUUGACCUCCAUUUGUCUACGUCAAUAGAAAGAAGACACAUUUUUAGCACAGUGUUAUUUUUAUCAUGGUUAUUUCACGUAUUCAUCAUUUGUAAAUGCAAAAAGGUAUAAUUCAUGUUUUAUAUUGUUAUUUAAGAAAUCCCUAUAGGUAAAUACAUACAGUAGACCUAAAUUAAGCAACCCACCAAAUAUCAAACUUGAACAUGUUUUAUUCUUCUUUACUGUGGAUAUUUAUAGUUUUUGAUUUUGUAUAUUGGAAAAUAAAUAACUGAUUUAUGUGUUAAUCCCAAUAAUGAGACGUCUUAAGGUGAUGACGCUGUAUUUUUGCUGGACUCGAUAAAAAGGUGUUUGAGUUGUAUAUUUGGUUUCAUGCUUCGUUUGUCCAUCUCCAGUGGUUAGCUUUCACUAAUCUACUGUCAAGCAUUUAUAGGUAGAACUAAAACAACUGUAUUCCUCACUUUGAUCUUAUAAAAUAUCAUUCUCAUAUGUUCAUACCGUCCUGGAAUUACAAGUCAAAUUGCACUCUACUCAUCCUCAUUGUGCCUUCAGAAAGUAUUCACACCCCUUGACUUUUUACCACAUUGUUUCAAGUUGAAUUAAAAACGGAUUACAAUUA